CCAAGAUUAUAUUUUUAGAUAAGAUUUUUGUCAACUGUGAUUUUUCACGCGAGAAUUUUCGAGAUCAAGUUUCGGUCAACUGCGAGGACAAAGGCUUUGCUUUGUUUUAAACUACAUGUUUUCUUUGUUUGAGAGCAAUCCACUAAAAUGGAUUUUAGUUUUCGUUUUUCUUGAUUUUGCAAUAAGCAUAAAUUCUACAGAUAUUCAAUUGGUAACAUGGGAAUCCUGGGGAGAGUGUAACGUCACUUGUGGCCAGGGUCAUCAAACAAGGUCACGCACAUGCCCCGACUUAAAAACCAUAAAUAACUGUUCGUUGUCCAGCUCAGAAAUCCGAAUUUGCUUUGGAAGGCUUUGUAUUGGAAAAACAAAUUCUUCAAGAAAUCACAAAGAAUCUAGAGAGGAUAAUGACGAGGCAAGCGGUAAUGCCAUAAAUAGCGCUGUUUAUAGCUCGUUGAUCUUCAUCCCAGGAAUCAUUGGUUUCGUUUUUGUUUGUAUACGAACGCAUCGUAAAACAAAAAUGGAAGAACAACGAUUGAAGGAUAUGGAGAGACGUAAACUUUCCCUUCAAGAUGACGUGACAUGACGUAUUGUUUUGAGAUCGGUUCCGAGAUUGCAAGGGUAUAACUUUGAAGUACGUGAAAAAGAAAUACUUGCUCUGCGAGGGGAUAUUGUUAAAGUGUUUUAAUUGACUUAGAAGAGUUUCACUCUUCAAGUUUUGUAUGUUGAUUUUGAAAUAGAAUUUCGAACUAUUA